ACUCUAGCUCUAAUGUCUUUUACUGCACCAUAUCCUGCGAGCAUACGAAAAUAAGAGUCAGUCCAGUACUUGGGAUUCAGUUGCAAAACGUAAUAUUGGCUCCGUAUUCUAUGAGUUUUUAUAAUUAUAAGUUAUAGCCUCAGAAUAAUUGGCAUUUUUUUUAUCAAAAGCAUGAAAUGGAAAUGGGUUAGUACCAUAGGUGCACUAGAAAAGGACGAUGCCAAAGCAAUUUGAAUUGGGACCAUUGUCCAUCUUCGUGUUUGGUGUGGCAAGUCAGGCCUUUCUCGGGCACGUGAUUGGGGGCCUUUUAAGCUGAAAAAAAAAAAGAAAAAAAAGAAAGUGGGGUCCUUGUCAGUAGUCACCGAGAACCAAGCGGUCCAAGCCAAGUUUAGAUAAAUAUAGAGCAAGUUAUUUAUUCCGGCUUUAGUUUUCAGUCUUUUCUCGAUCUCUCUCUGUUGUUUUUCAAAAGCCUCCAACAUUCCAUGUGCGAUAUCUUUCCCACCCUUGUUCUUGCUCCUUUUUGACAUGGAAGAAUCUAUCUUUUAUCUAGAGAGAGAGAGAUGCUCAGUUCUAAUCAUGGAGGUGUUCUGGCAUUGCAUGUGCAUCAAUCACCCCUGCCCACUUGGAAGUUAUAUUACACUUUCAGUGUCCCCCUCCUCAAACCAAUCUUCAACAUACUCUCUCUCUCUCUCUCACACACACAUAUAUUCUUCUGCAAUUUUCUCGUUUCCUUAAUGUGAAAAGAAGACUUAGAAGCAGUUGAUAGCCACCAGAGAUGAGCAGCCUUGCACCUUGCAGCCGAUCUUGGUCCAUAAGCGAGGAUUCACUCAGAAGGUAUGUGCGCUUUGCAAGUGAGAGCUGCAUACAGGAGUUACUGUCAGCUUCAGACUCAAACAGGGCUGGUAAUGCCAAUGAUGGCUGGAAGGUUCUUACUCUUGAAAACGGAGUAGAGAUAUCCAAACGCAGGUCUGGGUCUUUUCACACAUUUCGCAGCCGUUGGCUGCUCAGAUCAGUAUCGCCCCAACAAUUCAUUACUGUUGCUAAUGCCAUUGAUGCUGCAAAGCAAUGGGACCCUGAUCUGGUGGAAGCCAGGUACAUAAAAGAUCUUGAGGACAAUCUUAGUAUCAUCCGGCUCAGGUUUGGUGAUAGCUCUAAGCCUCUCUUUAGGAACAGAGAAUUCAUAGUCUACGAGCGACGUGAAACCAUGGAAGACGGCACCCUGGUGGUAGCAGUUGCUUCACUGCCGAAGGAGAUAGCUGCUGGAUUGCAUCCAAAGCAAAAUAAUGCAAUCAGAGGACUUCUGCUUCAGUCAGGUUGGGUCGUGGAGAAACUUGAAGAUGACUCCUGCAUGGUCACUUACGUUGUUCAGAUCCUGCAGGAUGGCUGCCCAAGUGCUUUGUCAAUCGACUAAACACAAAGCUGGUUAUGAUCAUUGAAAACCUUAGGAAACUAGCUCAAGCUUGUCCCAUGGAAGGUGAUACAUAAUUGCAUCAAUGUGGAGUGGGAAAAGAACAGAGAUUAAUGCAUAUUGGUGGAACAAUUAUUCACCGAUCGAUAUUCCUGAUCGAUGCCUCUAUUUAGCACUCUCUUGAACUUGGAAUUUGCUUCUUUCAGCAUGAACGCAAGUGUGAAUAUUAGAACAUGCAUCAAUCUUCUGAUGUUCAGCAGGCGUGCAAUCAGUCUUAUAUAUGGGUUUUGUUUUGAACUAUGAAAAUUAUGAUUAAUACAA